CGCGAAGAGUUCCUUCUCAGUUUCCUCGGAUUGUAUCUGUGGUUUAAUGUGUGCAUAAUAUUUAAUGUCUGCUGUAUAGUAGGAUGUUUAAUUCCGCACUUAGAUUUUUACGUGUGUUAUCAGACACGCGUAUUUGAUAUUGGUGAUUACUUAUUAAACAUAUAGAAAACGGGAUGCGCUCCGCAGUAAAGGAAGAAAAACAAAUGAUCGCAGGAUGAUCAGCCAGAGGAGUAAUCUUAACAACGAAAGGGAUUUAAAGCACUUUGUGAUUCUUCUUACCAGCAUACAUCCAAUAGCUAUGUCAGAAUCAGCAGGCUUAUCCAUCUCAUAAUCUGGAGGUCCUCGGCUUUGAGGUCUUUAAAGUUUUUGUGUUCAUGAAAUCCAGCUGUAGUAGAUUUUAGUGUGCACAGAAGUGCUGAAAGUUUGAAAAGAGGCAAGAAGAAUGAAGGUAUAGCUGCAGGAGGUGCCAUCAUCUGUUGUUAAUUGUGACAAGCUGAAGCUCUUACGGCAGCUGCUUGUACAUCUGUAUUAACUUUCUGCAUUUGAAUCUGCAUUUGUAUUUAAGAUUUAUUAUGAAGAUAACUUGUGGAGUUGAAAUUGCAAAUCGCUCAAAUCCAUCUGUUUCUGCUCGAAACAAGUGCAAAUAUACUGUAGCUACUUUAGCAUUAUGUCAUAAAUCUAAGCAAAAGGAGUUCCAAAGCGAUAAAGAUGUGUAUCUUAUUCUCUGUACUCAUUCAAAUCCCAGGGGAGCAAAAUACAAGAUUUAUAAUAAUGUGGAGAAAUUAUUUACCAAAUUCGUCAAUGAUGGCAAAGCUACUUUGAGAUUUAAAGAACCUCCACAUGAUAUAAUAAUCAAUAAGGCUGAUCCACUUCAGCUGAAAGGAUUUCUCCAUGGUGUUGGACUGACUAUUGUUGGUCAAGGAACAGGACGCAUUCACUUGUCUCCAGCUCCGACUAAAGUAGAUCGACCAAAAAGGAAACUUUCAAUCACCAGACGCAGUGAUUAUCCUCUGAAAACUCCAUUUUCUAAUAGUCUUACUUGGCUGCAAGUUCAAAACUGCUCACUACGAAAAAUAGAACAACGUAUUCUGAAUAUGCGCAAUCUACAGGUUCUAGAUUUAACUCACAAUAAAAUAAAAGAACUCCCACUUGCUCUUAGUGAAUUUAAAUUGAAAGAACUCUUGUUGCAUCAUAAUGAAAUUGUGUCAUUUCCUUCUGAAUUGGCUGUUGGAACUCUUGGCCAGACACUUCAAGUCCUGGACCUAUCAUUUAACAAGAUAGAAGAACUUUCACCCUACUUUUGCCUGAUGAAGAAAAUAACUGUGUUGUCUCUCAAAUGCAACAGACUUUCCAAACUACCCCGUAACAUUCACUGCUUAGAAUCUUUAAGAAUGUUUAGUGCUUCUCAUAAUGACAUAAAGGUUCUUCCAUUUGGCAUCAGAAAACUGCAACUUGAUACGCUGGAUUUGUUUCAUAACCCCUUGAAUACUGAUGUUGUUUUACGCCCUAUAGUGUUUUGGGAAUUGCCCACUUUAAUGGAAUGUGCUGCUUCUUGUAUAGUUAAAAAUAACAUUCAUUAUACCUCUGAAGAUCUGCCCAAAAAUGUAAUUGAUUAUAUCAUUGAGCAUUGUCCUUGCCCAUGUGGAAAGCGAGUGUUUCAGAAUGUGUCAUCCUGCAUACUUGUUUUGGAUCUGUACAAGCUGGCUUCAACUGUUGUGUACAUCAAUAAUACUAGCCGUUUUAAAGUGCCGCUAGAAGUUUAUUUUUGUUCAAUGAAAUGUUGGAAAAAGCGGAAAAAUUGGUGGUAAGAAGAUCCCCGUGGAGCGGAAUGAUUCUAUAUAUAUGCUACUUCCUGUUCUAUAUAUACGCUGCUUCCUGUUCUAUAUAUAUGCUACUUCCUGUAUGAAGAUAUAAAAAAAGAUGUAUUAUUAUUAUUAUUAUUAUUAUUUUUCUCUGAGCAAUGUUGGCUUUCAAUUGAUUUAACGGAACUGGAAAUAAAAUACCCAAAACAUAUUGAUAGCUGAA